CCCCUUAGAUGAGAACUAUCUUCAAAGACUUCCUUCCGGGCUCAGCGAAGCGCAGCGUGCUCGGAUGACUAGAGGCAGCCAGCGGCCCGGGCGUGCACAGGCGACAACGAAACCGCCGCUUCCUUGCAGACAGGCCACGGCUCGCGGAGCCCGGGCUGCCCAGAAGCGGCUCAGCGCCACAGGCCUGGAGGAAAAGUCCCCGCGCCGGCCGCCUCCGAGCGCGCGCCGGCCACCUCCGAGCCCGCCCCGGGCCAGGCCCCGCCCCGGCUCCGUGCGCGACGCCCUCUCCAGGCCCGGCUCCCGCUCCCUAUUUGGUCACUCGGGAGGCAGGCGGCGGGAAGGGAGGCUUGCGUGGCGCUGCGGGACGCCGAGUGGGCUCCGUGAGCGCACAGGGGCUGCUCGCCGCCGGCGCUGCCGCUGCCGCCACCUCGGUCGGCGGAGACCCACGAGGCCGCCGCGUCCUGCCCUCGGAACAAUGGGACCGGGUCCACGAGGUGCCUGGGCCGUGCUCCUGCUGGGGGCGCUGCAGGUGCUGCUGGGGGCUGCUGUUGGGAGCAGCGCUGCCGCGGUGGGAAAUCAAGAUCCAGAGGUCCUGGUAGCUCUGCAGAACUCCACUGCUAAUUCAACAGCGAACACCACAGUGCCUCUCAGCAAUGCAAACAUAACUUCUAGCAGCACUGUGAAACCAGCUGCCUCAGCUUCCAGCAAUGUGACAGUCACAACCGUGAAACCUGUAACAUCUAAAAUGGCACCCACACCAGGGGUCUCAAACAUGACGUCCACCACCUUAAAGUCUACAACCAAAGCAAGUGUUUCACGUAACACAUUGCAGAUGCCAACAUCUACAGUGACGACAACCCACAACAGCACAGUGACAACCAUUUCGACAUCAACAACAAUGACAGUAACGAUUCAUUCCGAAGCAAGUAGAGUAUCAAAAUUUGACACUGGCAGCUUUGUUGGUGGUAUUGUGUUAACACUGGGAGUUUUAUCUGUUCUUUACAUUGGAUGCAAAAUGUAUUAUUCAAGAAGAGGCAUUCGAUAUAGAACCAUUGAUGAACAUGAUGCCAUCAUUUAAGGAAAUCAAAGACCAAGGAAAGAAGAAAUACUGAUGCAGCACUGUCAGUCUUAGUUUGUUAGUAUAAUAUAUUGAAAAUAGCAUAAACAGGCCAUGCGUAUUGAAGAUUCAUCAUAUCACUAAAGGUAAAAAGGUCUUGGUUGAGUUUUUUCCAUGAAUGCUUGUAGCUUACGCAAUGAUAUUUGCCUUUAGUAAGCACACAGUAAUUCUUACCCCAUUUCUGUGGCAUUAGUCACACAGGAUCAGUAAUGCCAGGCAGCAUCACUGUAGGGCAGGAUGGCAUCUGGGCAUGCAAAUAA